AUGUACGCCAAAUUCCUAAUGGCCUCGCCCUCGUCGGCGCUUUGGUUGCUGUCCAUUCCGGAGGCAGCUGCUCGGGCCCAUGGGCAACAUGCGAAAGGCCGCAUUAGCAUCAGCGAGGCAAGUCUCCGCUCGCCAAGGAGCUCUGGCGCCUCUAUUUCAGUGGGCAUGCUUGUCGGUCGGCUGCUCACGGAGGCAAUCGUCUUCGCCCGGAACGCCAUCACGCGAUUCGCAAACAGCGACCGGCGAGGUGCCGGUCCGCGCAAUUCCCUUGCUUUUAGCGAAACCCUUAUCCAAUCCCAGCAAGACGUCCUACCGGCGUUGUCGUCUUUCCAGCGCGCACUCAAAGCCGCAACGGAAGUUACCGAGAACCCCCCCGACAGCUACGACUACAACACCGAAGCACAUUACUCCGCCGAGUCGACUGACGAAGUAGCCGCCCGGGCCGGCAUCGCCGCCUGUCACAUCCUCCUCAGCAUUGGUCACAUUGAUCCCCGCGACGCGGCAUCAUCCGGCUCCGACGCGCUGCGCGGCCUUCUCGGCGCAUUGCGCGCGGCAGCGAGCGCGGCAGCGGCCGGUAGCAAUAGCGCUAACGACAGCAACAGCAGCAGCCGGCUUGACAUCUUUCAAGACUUCCUUCUCACAGCCGGCCCCUGCCAGAUCUGUCUGCUGGUCGUCCUGGCGCACAACAUCGAUUGCCUUCAUCGCAUCGCAACCUCCCUAGUUGGAGUGUGUCGACGGGAAACGGUGGGCCUGCUCAAGCUGUUGGAGGAAAUCACCAUUCUGGCGACUGGUGGUGGCGGCGGCGGCGGUGGCGGCACCGGCCGAGACGAUAGAGCCGCCACUGGCAGCACCGGUCGGAUCAGCAUUAUCGUACAGCUCGGCGACCGUGAUAGAAAUAACCGGCAUGGUGCUGCUGCCGCCGCCGCUGCUGCCGCCAGCACUGCAGCUUCCGGCGCGGACCCCAGCCAUAUGCUAUUCCUGCAGGCCCUUCAGGAGAUAGCCGGCGAGCUGCGGCCCGCCCUAGCGUCCUCGGGAUCUGGCGACGCCGCCGCGGCACUCCUGGAGGUCGUACUGCGAGCGGCGCACCGGCGGGUGAGCCGGGAGCUGGAACGUGUGGGCGUUACGCCGCCGUCACCGUUGGGCAAUGAUGCUACUGCCGCCGCAAGCCGGACGCGAGGCCUCUCCACCGCUAUGCUACAGCUGACAGGAGGACCCAGCCGCCGCAGCAGCCAAGGCUACAGCCACAGCAGCAGCCGCAGCAGCGUGAGUAGCGGCGGCAGCGCCGCCACUGCCGGAGGCGGCGGCGGCGGCGGCAGCAGCUACGUUCAAGACCACGAUCUGCCGAGCUUUUGGGCCGGCAGCGGCCUGGGUGGAGGUUAUGCAGCUAGCGGCAGCUCACUGGUGGGGAAGUCCAGUGCGCUCUCGCGACUGGUAGAUGGAUUCGUUGCGGAGGACGACGCCGUCGUUGCGGCGGCGGCGAUGGCGGCGGCUGAUACAGCCAAAGCAACCGCGCAGUGGCUGCGGCAGCUACGAUCAGAGGCCUCAGAUGGGACAUCAUCGUCGGUGUCUCUUUCGACGGUGACGGCGGCGAUGCCGGAGGCAACGGCGGCGGCAGCGGCGGCGGCAGCGGCGGGAGUUCCUUCCAAUCCCCCAUCCUCAUCGGCACGCGCCGUCACGUUCCCGUCAACAGCAGAGCGUCUCCUGUUGCAUGCAAAACAGCCUUCGAAGCAGCAGCCACUGCACCAGCACCAGCAGCAGCAGCAGAGCGCGGCACCGCAACAGGCGGCGGCGGCGGCGGCAUCCAACCCCCUUCCGGGUAGCUAUCAAUCACUCUCCACCAACCCCGGUGGCGACUCGGCCCACCUCGUCCAGAGCAUCAGCGUCGCGCUGCCUCAAGCCGGCAGCCGGCCCUCCCUCAUCAGCCCACCGACGGAACGCAGCCGCAGCCGUCGCCGUCGCCACCGUCUCCAUCGCCGUCACCGUCGUCGCCGCCGCGGGUCGCCUUCCCGGUUUCGUUGCGCUCCGCCGCAUCAGGGCCCACUGCCGCCGCCGCCGCCGCCAGCGACUCGGCCCCUGUACUGCAAUCCGGGAACUCUGCCGCAAGGUCGCAGCUGCAAACCAUUUACGAAGGCAGCUCUUCCGCAACAGCCGCAGCAGCAACAGCACAAACACCAACAACAAGAAGAAAAGAAAGGGCGAGGAGGAAGAGGAGGAGGAGAAGGAGGAGAAGGAGGAGGAGGAGGAGGAGGACGGCUAACCAGUUUUGAGGAGCUUGAUGGAGGCAUUCAAGAAGAGGAACCUGCGCACCGGGUAGUUCGAGUGCGGAGCCACACCGUCACACUUGGCGGGCUUACGAUCUCCGGCGGUGCACGCACGACAGCCUUUGAUGCCUAUAGUCGCGCCUCCGACAACGGCGGCAUCGCCCAUAUCUCCGCCGUCGGUGUCGACGGCAGCAUCGGCAGCGGCAAUGGCACCAUCGCCACCGCGCCCCGAAACCGCAGUGCGUCGGUAGCCGUACUGCGUCCGUCGGCGGGCCUGGGGUACGGCACCCAGCGGGAAGAUAAGGCCGGGGGCGGCAGUAGUUAUGGCACGGGCGGCGGCGGCGGCGGUAGCGGCAGCGGUGGGCAACGGCUCGCGAAAACGACGUCAUGGCAGGAGGCCGCAGCGUCUGCCGUGGCGGCAGCUGCCGCCGCGGCGGCGGCGGGGGCAUGGAAGCCCGCUGCCGUCGUCAGCAGUGGUGGCGGCGGCGGCGGCGGCCUCACCAGCGUAUCAUCUCUGGGCCCUCGCUCUAGCAUCGGAAUUGGGCAACCUUCUGUUUUAGCGACCAAGACUUCUCUUUCAGGCGCCGGAUUGGGGAUACUAGCGGGAUUGGGAGCCGCCGCAGGAGCUCCAACGACAAUAACCGGCCGGACGAGUAUUUUGGCGGGGACUGCGGCGUCGGCGGCGGUGGCGGGAACGUUCGGCCGUACGUCCAUGCCAGGGGCGGGACUACCGCUAGGAGGCAGCAACAGUAUUCUUGGGGCCUCGUAGACGUUGUACGGCCUCGACAGGAACCUUUGUAGAUUGUGUACCAACAGACCGGGACGGGAUUACCGCUAUAGUAGACCGGGCAGCAGGACGUUUCGAAGUGGAGCGAUUGGGGGGAGUGGAGUCGGUCGGUCGGAAAGUGAUGCGUGUGUGCAUGAGUGUGGAGCGAUUGAGGGAAAGGGGAAAAGGGGGUAAAGGGGCACGAAGAGCAUGGGAGCUGCGGCGCCUGCAUGUAUAUGUGUGGGUGGGUGAGUGUGCGGGUGAGCGUAUGUGAAUGUGUGCAUGUGCAUACCGAGGGUAAGAAGACUGCGAUAACGGUCGUCGUUCUUAGGAUUUCGAGGGUUGCACGUAGGGAGGUUUCUGAGCUGGUAUGCCAUUGGCAUUGUGCACGACCACCUUAUGCUUGUGUGCGGUCUGUGGUGUUUUUAUGUCCUGCACGACAUCCUGACCUUCCUGCUAUCAUUCUGAGUAUAUAUUCCUGCCAGAGGCAGAGGACAUUAUCCUUCUUAACCAGCGCUACC